AGCGGGCCAGUCUGCAGUCUGCGGGGAACCCGGGCGGCGCUCAGACACGACACAGUCGAGUGGAGGCAGAGAAGAGCCGCCGAGACGCGACGCGACGCAACACGAAGUCGGUCCACUGUUAGUCCGGCCGCGAGUUCGACGCCCACCCUCUCCCCGCCGCGGCAUCAGUGCGACAGUGCCAGUGCGAGUGCAGUGCGUGCGUGCAGGAUCUGACACUAGUCGGACAGCGCUAGCUGGGACCGCGCGACGACGAGCUGCUGCACGACGAGGCCGUCUACGAGCCCGAUGAUGUCACCGACCGCCGCUGCACGCCGCUGCUGCCGCCGCCGCAGCUGCUAAGCGCGCCGUCAGGCAGCCCGCCAGGCCGGGCCUUACCGCCACUCCGCAGCGCGCCGCCACGCCGCCACGCCCGCCGCGCGGCCAGAGCGGAGCAGCGGAGCCGCGGAGCAAGCAGCCAGAGGACAGUGGACCGUGGAGUGUAGUGUAGUGAAAGUGAGACCGGUAUGGAGUCCGUGAUGCGCGAGGCGGUGGAGGCCCCCUCCGUCGCGGAGGUCCCCGCCGGCCCGACCCGCGUCAACGGCAGCCCCACCAUCACCCUGUCGCACCUGCCCAAGCGCGAGCCCGUGGAGGUCAAGUUCCAGGACCUUAACUACACCGUCAGCCUCGGCUUCCGGAAAGGCCAGAAAAAAAUCAUCCACGAUGUCAACGGACGGUUCUGCCCCAGUCAGCUCAUCGCCAUCAUGGGCCCCUCCGGGGCCGGCAAGUCGACGCUGCUGGACAUCUUGUCCGGCUACAGGUUAACGGGCGUGUCCGGCGACGUGAUGGUGAACGGCAGGCCGAGGAACCUGGACCGGUUCAGGCGCAUGUCGUGCUACAUCCAGCAGGACGACAGGCUGCACGCGCUGCUCACGGUGCAGGAGAACAUGUCCCUGGCGGCGCGGCUCAAGCUGGGCUCCAUCCCCCGGACCGAGCACCAGCCCAUCAUCGACGAGAUCCUCAACACGCUGGGCCUGAAGCACCACUCCGAGACGCGGACGGGGCGGCUGUCCGGCGGCCAGAAGAAGCGCCUCUCCAUCGCGCUGGAGCUCAUCAACAACCCCCUCCUCAUGUUCCUGGACGAGCCCACCACCGGCCUGGACUCUUCCUCCACCUCGCAGUGCGUGAACCUGCUCAAGCUGCUGGCCAUGCAGGGCCGCACCAUCGUCUGCACCAUCCACCAGCCCUCAGCCUCGCUCUUCGACCAGUUCGACCACGUCUACGUGCUGGCGCGCGGCCGCUGCCUGUACCAGGGCGCCACCAAGCAGAUCGUGCCCUACCUCGCCACCAUCGGCGUGCCCUGCCCGCUGUUCCACAACCCGGCCGACUUCGUGAUCGAGCUGGCGUGCGGCGAGCACGGCGAGGACAAGAUCGACAUGCUGGUGGCCGGCACGGAGAACGGCAAGAGCAGCCGCUGGUUCGAGAACCACAACGAGGUGGUCGUCGAGAGGCGGAAGUCCGAAGCGCGGCGCCUGUCGGUGGAGCUGCUGCCCAACAUGCUGGAGAUGGCCGAGCUCAACACGGCGCUGCAGGACGUGACCACCAUGCGGCAGGUCGGCGUGCUGCUCAACCGGGGCUACAUCAAGAUCAAGCGAGACCAGACCAUGACCCACAUGAGGCUGCUCGUGAACGUUAUCGUCGGCGUGCUGCUCGGCAUCCUGUUCUGGCAGAGCGGCGAUGAGGGCUCCAGAGUGCUGGACAACUGGAACCUGCUGUUCGCCAUCCUCGUGCACCACAUGAUGACCACCAUGAUGCUCACCGUUCUCACCUUCCCCACCGAAAUGCAGAUUCUACGGAAAGAACACUUCAACAGAUGGUACUCGCUCAAGUCGUACUACAUGUCAAUCAACAUUCUGGAACUGCCGAUAUCGGUCAUUUGCUGCACGGCCUUCACCAUCAUCGUGUACUUAAUGAGCGCGCAGCCGCUGGAGUGGGUGCGCUUCGGGGUGUUCCUGGGCAUCAGCAUCCUGGUGGUGCUGGUGGCACAGACCUUCGGCCUGCUCGUAGGCGCCGUGUUCAGCGUCGUGAACGGCACCUUCCUGGCGCCCACGCUGUCGGUGCCCAUGAUGAUGUUCGCCGGCUUCGGCGUCAGCCUGCGCGACAUGCCCGCCUACCUCAAGUGGGGCACGUACGUGUCCUACCUGCGCUACGGUCUCGAGGGCUACGUCGGCUCCAUCUACGGCCGCAACCGCACCACGCUGGGGUGCACGUCCAGCAUGGAGUUCCACUACUGCCACUACAAGUACCCCACCAAGUUCCUCACGGAGAUCGCCAACAUGGACGGCAACAUGUACAACGUGGACCUGAUCGUGCUGGCCGGCAUCCUGGUGCUGCUGCGGCUCGUGGCGUACCCGGUGCUGCGGUGGAAGCUGUUCGCCAUGCGAUGAGUGCCUGCAGGUGCCUGCGCCCCGCGCCCCGCCUCCGCCCGCCCCGCCGCCACCCAGGCCGCCAUCCAGGCCGCCCCCGGGCCGCGUGGCCGAGUGGCCGCCGCUAGAAAGUGGAAGUGGUGCCUGCGUCGUCCGGCCGGCCCGCCCCCUUUUCCCCGUUCUCCCCGUCCCCGGGCCCAGCGCGGCGCAGCGCAGCGCAUCCCAGCGCCCCCACGACGCGCCGAAUUUGCCAGAACUGUCGGGCCGUGCGCCGUGGCGUGCAUGCCGUGGCGUGCAGUCCGUGGCAACCUGCGGCUGCGGGCCCCGCCCACUAGCCCCGCCCGCUCGGGCCGCGACGUCGCAGCCAAAGUUACCUGAUUGGUGGUUGCCCUUGCUGCCGCCACCUGGCGAUGGACUUGCCCGCACCACCGAGCCGCAUGGGGUUGGCUCUCUGCAGAGCUCGAAGAAGCGCUCACACUUUUUAUUGUUUACGUGUCCAGAGACACGGCCAUCCUCCAUGUAAAUUUAGUUUUCACUCCCAUCUUAUGUUUCUUCCCUUGUGUCCAUGUGCCUCUUCAGCUGGCUCUUCAGUGGCUUUUGCUAGUGAUGGGGUCGCCAAGUUAUAUUUAUAAGGAAAACGUUGUAUUUAUUUAAUUUAUGCCUGGUCCUCUCGGGUGGUACGAUUAUUUGUGCACUUGCUUUGCAUGUCCAGUGCGAUGGCAGGACCAUUUUCAUCAAGCCAUUUCGAAAAAAAAAGGUAAAGAUUUUCUUGCACUGAACGUGUUAACUGCGAUUAGAUCGCAACUAGCUCGCGGCUAACCGCGAAUCUGUCUGUGAUGUCCCUAUCGUGCGCGUAGACCUAGGAUCCACGUGACAUGUGAGUCCUUAUUUAAUAUUUGAUUAUUUAUUAAUUAAUUGAUUGAUUGAGCUUUUUUUUUUGCAAAUAGACUUCAAUUUAGUAGCAUCACGUUCCAAUCAUGUAUAUUCUGUAGGUAUAUUUUAAAUGAGAUUGGAGAGUACCGAAAUGAAUCUGUUUAGGGAAGGGCUGUUUAGGACCUCAGCAGGAUUGGACCAAACCACCUGUCUCGUUACUUUCCCAUGUAGCAUCAGACCAGUGUGAAAGCCAAGACCAACCAUUCUUUCUAGUGACUCCAUGUAAAUUUUGUCAUAAUGAACAUUUGCUCAAUGGUAGAGUUACGGUUUUAUUAUAGAAACAUACUUUUAUCUUGUCACAUGCAAGUGCGUCGUGUGGCGUCGCUGUGCCUUUGUUAAACCGUUAUAGGUGUACUUGUCAUAAAUAAAUGAGUGUCUCUUGCAUCGA